AUGCGAUGGCAUCGAAGCACCACCCACCCCAAUCUGGUGAGGCUGCUGGGCUAUCGCAUGGAUAUGAACCCAGCAGCACCACACUGCAUCCCUACUACUCCCCGCCCUCCCCUCCCACUCCAGGUGAAUGCGAUGGCAUCGAAGCACCACUCCAACCUGGUGAACGCCAUGGCAUCGAAGCACCACCCCAACCUGGUGAGGCUGCUGGGGUUCUGCAUUGAUUUCAACGCGGGCACGGAGGAGAUGGAGCAGGUGGUGGUGUAUGAGUUCAUGGAGAACGGCGAUCUCGACCGUUGGAUCGGAGAUGGUAAGAUCUCAGCCGUUGGAUUGAGCUUUGGGGUGGUGAUGCUGGCGGUGAUAACAGCACAGCAUGCAGUGCGCACCCAGCAGGACACGGGCAGCAUCAACCUCAAGGCAUGGGUGAGUGGACUUGCCGUGUGUGUUCCCAUGGCGCAUCAUCAGCUUUGGGGUGGUGAUGCUGGCGGUGAUAACAGCACAGCAUGCAGUGCGCACCCAGCAGGACACGGGCAGCAUCAACCUCAAGGCAUGGCACAGCAUGCAGUGCGCACCCAGCAGGACACGGGCAGCAUCAACCUCAAGGCAUGGGUGAGUGGACUUGCCGUGUGUGUUCCCAUGGCGCAUCAUCAGCUUUGGGGUGGUGAUGCUGGCGUUGCCGCCCGUGACGUGGCAUCCUUCAAAGAUCCUCGCCUCGAGGGGCCUGCUGACCUCAUCCUCCGCCUCGCUGAGCUGGCGUUGAGCUGUACGGCCAUGCCGACCGCAUCGCGCCCCGAUAUGAUGCGAAUCAUUGGAGAUCUCAAGGCGAUGCGAGCCGAGUUAGCAGGUGGCGAUGUGGACGAACGAGCGGUUAGGAUUGACUCUGAGCUGGCGAUUGGUGUGGGGGAAACAUUGGAGGAGCAGAUUCUGAGGGUGGAGAGCAUGGGGGAUGAUGAUAGGGGAGCGAUUAUUGGAGAUACACCGGAUGUCCCCGUGCUGCUGAACUGCCAGGCGCUGUGGAUCCGCAAUUUCACGGGAUGGACCACGGGGAAGGACUGUCAGCCAGGCGCUGUGUUCCCCCCCCUCACCACUCUCCACCCCGCUCCACCCCUCCCCGCCCCCAGUCCCGUCCCCGUGCUGCUGGACUGCCAGGCGCUGUGGAUCCACAAUUUCACGGGAUGGACCACGGGGGAGGACUGUCAGCCAGGCUCUGCUUUUCCGUCUUACCCCUCUCCGCCCCUCUCCACCCCUCCUCUCCCCCCCAGUCCCGGUUCUGUUGGACUGCCAGGCGCUGUGGGUCCGCAACUUCACGGGAUGGACGACGGGGGAGGCCUGCCCGCGCUGUGGAUUCGCAACUUCACGGGAUGGACCACGGGGGAGGAUUGUGCCACUGCGGAGGGCCUGCAGUGUGACAGUAACGGGAUGAUCGUGAAGAUGUCAAUGGAGAUGUCGUCUCUUGCAGGGGUGCUGCCGUCGUCCAUUGGCAACCUGACUCUGCUGACCCACCUCAACUUCUUUCAGAACAACCUCGACAGCGACAUCCCCACCACCUUUGGCGCUCUCACCAACCUGCAGCACCUCAAUCUGGGCAUCAACAUGCUCACAGGCCCGCUCCCUCUCUUCCUUGACACUCUCUCACUCCUCACCUUCUUGAAUUUGGGCGACAACAAGCUCACAGGGACGCUGUCGGCUGGUCUGGGGAACCUCAAGCAGCUGCAGUUCCU